AUGAGGAUCUUGUUCAAUCUGAGCCACGUCCAGGUCCGAAUCGGGCGGGCAUCUGAGGCUGCCAUCCCUUUUUUGCUACUACCCGCAUGCUCUUAUUUUAAUUUGAUCCACAUCGACGCACCGACCGCCGCUCUUACUAUAGCAAGCUCCUUGACUCUUAUUGUUAAUGGCGCUGUCAACGCUGAAUCUAUAUCUGCCCCUGCCGUGCUCCUCCAAGUUGCUAGAGUUGUCUCGCAAGCUAUAUUCUUAACCUGCCUCAAUAAAACAAUCAAGGACCAUCACAGGAAUCCUAUCUUUGCCCUCAAUGCUUAUGCUCCCUAUGCUGCACUUAUCUCUUUGAUUGGCUCGGUGGCUUUCGAGGGAAUUGUCCCCCUCCACGACCUGCCGAUAAUUGGUUUGGUGAUUCUCUUGGAGAAUGUGCUCUUCUUCUUAGCCAACCAGAUAUCAGUAGCCUUUUUGUUACACAAAUCAAAUGUUAUUGCCUGGUCUAGCGUUUCUCAUCUAAUUACGGUGAGCUUAGUUUUAAUAUCGAUGUUCGUAACAAAGCAAGCACUGCCGCUUGGACAAGCAGUCGUUACGACCUGCUCAGCCUUCUUAUCUAUGUUGCUCCUCCGCACACAAUUUCUGAAGCAUGAGAAGGCGACUCCACCAACAACAAAGAUUCACCUCCACAAUCUUGCACCUCAUUUGGACAUUUCACAUGUCACUGGAAUCCAACCGCUUAAAACACCACCAAAUCUUAGUCGUACAAACAGCUCACAGCGUCUACAACAUCCUCAAUGA